AUGUCACUAGACGCAAUCGUCGACAGGGCGCUGGAGAUCAUUGGCGAAGCUGUUUCCAUCGACCCGCUCGACUUCCAGGACAACGAGACGUGGAAGUUCCUCGGCCUGGGUGAUCUGCUCGCUGCCGCCACUGCCGCAGAUCUGAAGAGCCAAAUAGGCGUGGACGUCAAGCCGGAUGAUUUCAAAAAGUACCCAACUGUGGGCGAGUUCAAGGCCUUUCUCCGCAAAUUUGGAGAAGGCUCGACCACGAGCAACGGGGAUGGUGCAGUAGAGAGCAGCAAACCUCGCCUCGUGGACACUGAGCCUUCGGAUCCAUGGGAAGGCGUUCCUAAGCCGAAAGUACCUCUCUCUGUUGUACUACAAGGACAGCCAAACGACUCGUCUACGAUUGUCUUUCUCUUCCCUGACGGCUCGGGAGCUGGCACGUCGUAUGGCACACUACCGCCGAUGGGUAGCAACAUCUGCCUUGUCGGCUUGAACUCACCCUUCCUCCGGCAGGCCCAGAACUUCACAUGUUCAAUAGAGCGGAUGGCACGGCUGUGGGUCGACGAGGUGCGGAAGCUGCAGCCCAAAGGCAAGCCUUACGUUCUCGGCGGCUGGUCUGCUGGAGGCUACUAUGCUUUCGAGGUGGCGAAACUGCUCACAGCGAAUGGCGAGAAGGUCGAGAGGAUGAUAAUGAUCGACUCGCCAUGCCGGCUGGAGUUUGAGGCGCUGCCUGAACAAGUCGUCGGCGAGCUCACACGCAAGGGACUCAUGGGUGCCUCUGGUCAGAAGAAGGCACCUGAAUGGCUAGUACAGCACUUUACUUCCACUGUCAUCAGCGUAGACCGGUAUAUGUCAACGCCUCUGGAGUCGAAGCAUGUUCCACCCCACGUCGACUUCAUCUGGGUGCGAGAAGGCCUUGUGAAGAGCGUGGCCGAGUCUGGACUUGAGGUCGACCUCAACAUCAAAGUAACACGCUUCUUACUUGAGCCCAGACCGGAGUUGAAGACUGUGGGAUGGGAGAAGCUGCUACCUGGUGCGAAGUAUACAUUCAACUACAUGACAGGAAAUCAUUUUCAAAUAACACAGCCGCCUCAUUCUGAUGACCUUGGAAGAUUGAUCAAAGCAGUUGUGACUUAA